AUGAGUGUCUGGCCAGAUGAGAGCCGGGCGUAUGAUGAGGGUGGAGAGGAAGACGCAUAUGAUGAUGAUGUUUGCUGCGGAGAAUGCGCAGACGAACCUCACGAUGCAUGGGAUGACGAAGAGGCGUAUGAUGAGGGUGGACAGGAAGAGGCAUAUGAUGAUGAUGAUGAUGUUUGCUGCGGAGAAUGCGCAGACGAACCUCAAGAUGCAUGGGAUGAAGAAGAGGAAGAAGAAGAGGACAAAGCAGACGACUACGACGAAGAGGAGGAGGAAGGCUACCUAGAAGAAGGUUGGGAAGAAGGUGAGGAGGAAUUUGCCGAGGAAGACCCAGCUCAAGAGGACUGCGAAGUUCCUCAGGAGCGGUCGAAGCCACCGCAGAACAAAAAGGCCGGGACACGAUAUUUGCACCUCCGACCGCAGGACGUUCGCUUCUCACAAGCCACCAUAAAGCAAACAUUUCAGAAUGACGUCACCUUAGACGAGACGCUAGGGCAACUUGCAAGCAAAUGCACCGCAAAGCGAGCGGUGAACAUGAUCAGAGUUGUGAAGCAUCAGGGCCAGAUCUUCACGCUGGACAAUCGUCGGCUUGCAGUCUUCAGGCUGUUGAGUAUUCUUGGCGAGGUUCGGGGAAUCAAGGUGCGAGUCGUGGAGAAAACACAGGAAUGGCAUCAGAAGUUCAACACUGGAACUGAUGGAACGGUUGUCCGAGUUCGGGGCACCAAGUACAUCAUCGGAAUGGAUAAAAGCAGUACUACCUUCCCACUUGACACUGUCAGAGAUCUGGGAGGAGACAGCUCUGCUGUCCAGGUGCAGCUACAAGAUGUGCGGCAAAUUCAAGCUUGCUCAGGCGCCUUCGCAGCGAUCCGCCGAGAUGGAUCUGUUGUCACGUGGGGCCAUCCACCGUGUGGGGGUGACAGCAGCUCUGUGCAGAGCCAGCUCCAAGAUGUCUGGAGCAUUCAGUCCACUGGCACGGCUUUCGUCGCGACCUUGCGGAAAGGCGGCCUGGUUGCUUGGGGAAACAUGCACCAUGGCGGCGUGCUCUGA